AUGUCAGAUAGCAUAGAAACUAUAAAGGCUUUAUCAUCUAGAUCGAAUUAUGGGUCCUUACCAAGACCCCCAGCUGAGAAUCGUGUAAAGUUAUAUGGAUUAUAUAAACAAGCAACAGAAGGAGAUGUCAAAGGAUUAAUGCCUCGUCCAGUAGGAUUUUCUUCAGAAGAUGAAGGAGCCAAGAAGAAAUGGGAUGCUUGGAAACGUGAAGAAGGAUUACCUAAAACUGAAGCUAAGAAAAGAUAUAUAUCUUUUUUAAUAGAAACAAUGAAGAUAUAUGCUAGUGGAACAUUAGAAGCUAGAGAAUUAUUGCAUGAAUUAGAAUAUCUUUGGGAACAAAUUAAAGAUUUACCUGUAUCUGAUGAUGAAAAUGAGAAUCAUUUAAAUUUUCCUUCAAGUGCACCACUGUUUAGUCAGAUAGAUAGAUAUUCAAAUAGAACUCCAAGCAUCGGUGGUAACAUAAUGAAUUUAAAUACAAUCUAUUCACAUUCAAGAAGAAACACUUCAUUAUCAUUAAAUGAUUAUGUCCAACAACAAAGACUACAACAACAACAUCAACCGCCAAUACAUGAAACUGGAUCUCAAAAUGUUGCUGGCUCUUUAUAUUCCUUACCCCCAAGGUUAGAUACAAAUAAUGUUAUUGAAGAUUUUAAAAAUUGGCAAGGUGAAGUCAAUACAAUUAUAAAUCGAUUAACAAGAGAAUUUGUCAACAGUAGGAAAGAACAACAAAAUCAAUAUCAAAGUGACAAUGAAUCAGAAGUCCCAUUAGAUGAAUAUGAAAUAACGAAAAGGAAAAUAAUAAACAUACUAAAAGUAGUUGGAUAUAAUGCACUUAAAAUUUUAAAGAAUUUUGCUGGUAGUUUAUUUACAAUAUUAUUCAUAGUUUGGUGUUUUAAAAAGAAUGUGAUUGUGAAAAGGACGUUAGUUAGACAACCAAGUACUAAUGGUAAACAAAAACAGGAUUUAAUCAUCAAUAUGGUGUUAAAUACAGAUGAAAAUAAAUGGUUUAUUAGGUUGUUAAUGUUUUCAAACCCAUCAGAUCUAGAAAAUCUAACACCAUCAAAUCUAAAACUAGCAGUUGGAAGAAGUAAUGGGGAUAUAGAAAUAUGGAAUCCUAAAUAUAAUUGGACUCAUGAAUUAACAUUAUUUGGUUCUAAAGGAAGAUCUAUAGAAGGAUUAUGUUGGACUAAGGAUUCAAGAUUAUUUUCUAUUGGUGGAUCAACUUAUAUCACAGAAUGGGAUUUGAAGACUGGUAAACCAUUAAUUAAUUAUGAUUGCAACGCAGGUAUAAUUUGGUCAAUAGAUGUAAAUGAAUCAAAUGAUAAACUAGCAGUUGGUUGUGACGAUGGGUCGGUAGUACUUGUUGAUAUUUCCGGUGGUAUCGGCUCAUUGGAAUAUAACAUGAUAUGUCAAAGACAAGAUGCAAGAGUACUAAGUAUAAAAUGGAAUAAAAAUGAUCAAAUUGUUGGAGGAUGUGCAGAUGGAAGAAUUAGAGUAUGGAGUAAUAAUCCUGAAACCAAAGGAAGAAUAUUAGGAACCAUGAGAGUUGAUAAAUCAAAAACUGAAAGUACUUUAGUUUGGUCGUUAGAUAUAUUGAAAAAUAAAAAUCAAUUAAUAAGUGGUGAUUCUACAGGUCAUAUCAAAAUAUGGGAUUUAAAAUAUUUUACAUUAAUACAAAGUUUUAAAAUACAUGAUGCUGAUAUUUUAACCAUUGUAAGUGAUGUAAAGGAAGAAAAAUUUUAUUCUGCUGGAAUUGAUAGAAAAAUUCAUCAAUUUGAAUUAUUAAAAUCAAAAUCAAAUUAUAAAUGGGUUCACACUUAUAAUCGAUUAUUACAUGCAAAUGAUAUAAGAUCAAUGGCGAUAUUUGAAUCUAAGAAUCUUCAUAUUUUAGUAAGUGGAGGUGUUGAAAGAGCAAUAAUAGUACAAAAUUUACAACAAUUUCAUGAUGGUAAAUUUAAAAAAUUAUUAGUAAAUCAACAAAAAAGUAAUGUUGUUUUAGUACCAGAAAAAAAUUUGGUAUUAAUGUGGCAAGAUCAAUUGAUUAAAAUUUGGAAAUUAAUAGAAGGUAAACAUAAACUAAUAUCUAAAUUGAUUUUAUCAGAUAAUGAAAAUAUAACAAGUGUUGAUUUUAAAAAUAAUUUAAUAGCAGUUGCGAAAAUGACAUCUGUGAAAUUUUACGAAUUGGAUAUUGUUGAUGAAGAAAAUCAUAAAUAUAUGAUAAACAAAAUAAGAGAUGAAAAUUUUGAUUCACAAAUAUCUGGAGCAAAAUUGGUAAAGUUUAUAGAUGAACGGAAGGUGUUGAUUUUAACAACUGAUGAGGAGUUAUAUCAAUUUUCAAUCGAUAUUGAAAAAAGUGAGAUUGAGUUAAUUGAUGAAAUUCAAUUAAUAGAAAGUACAACAAAUAUCAAUAAUUUAGUCAUUACACCAAAUCAUAAAAAUAUCAUCAUUUCAAGAUUUGACGGUUCUAUUGAGAUAUAUAAUCUUUUUGGGGAGUCACGUAUAAUCACAAAAUUAUCUUCAUAUCCACAUUUAAUAUGCUGUCAUAAUGAUGAACAGCUUCUUGUUUUAACUGAGGAAAACAAAAUUUAUGAAUUCAAUCUUCAAGGUGAUGAAUUAUUAAGUGCUUGGUCUAAACGAAAUAGUGAGUUUUUACCACGUCAAUUUCUCACAUUAGAUGAUAAACCACAAGGAAUGUUUGUUGAUGAUAAUAAUUUAUGGAUCUAUGGAAACUCCUUUUUAAGUAGAUUUGAUUUAAACAAAAACAUUCCAAUAAACAAAGCUAAUAAAAACAUCACCACAAAAAAGAGAAAUAGAGAUGGGCUCAGUGUUGAUGAGACAGAAGAAUCACAAGCUGAAUUAAGUAUAAAACAAAGUGAAACAGAUAAAUUAAGACAACUGAUCAUCGAAGAAGAAGAAAAAGCAUUUUGGAUUACAGACAAUUAUUGA